AUGUCGUCUCCCGCUCCCUUGCUCCGCCCUCCCAUUCCGGGCGGUCGACAGAAUGCCGGCGGGGCGAGAACUCCCAGGCUCGGCCUCGCCAUCCCCCCAUCCCCCAAUGCCAAACCCGUCGGUGGCGGACCACAACCACAUGGCUUGUCCCUCCAGAUGCCCGGGCAGGCGUCAUCAAGACCCUCGCUCCCCCGAUUGCAGCUCGCGACACCGAUGGGCAGCAGUCAAACGCCUUACGAGCAACCUCUCCAAAACGGCCGCCCGAGUGGUCAACCGGGGGCAGGACAGUCGGCGAGCGGCGGCAGUGAGAGCAGCGCAGCACAUUCGAGAUCCGGGAGCUUUGGUCCUCUAGAUGGGCGGGCGAGUGGUCCAACGUCGGCGGGUUCGCAGUACUCGGCAUUAUCAUUCGCAUCUCAGUAUGGGUUGCAGCAGCCGCCGCGGGGGACGCCUGAUCCCGCGUCGGCGGUUGGAUCGCUCUAUUCCAACCAGAGCGAAGGUGGGGUGGGAAUGGAGCGUGACGGGAGCAUGAACGGGCUUGAGGGGUUUGAAAAGCUUAGCCUGGAGAGCUUGGAGAAGGGACGGACACUGGAUGUCGAGGAGCUAGAUGAUGAGGGCUGGAGGGUAGCCAGUAUGGAAAAACGAAUCGAAGAGCUAGGAAGCUUAGGAGAAGGGGCGGGAGGAGCUGUCACGCGGUGUAUGCUCAAAGGGGGGAAGACUGUUUUUGCGCUGAAAAUAAUUACGACCAACCCAGAUCCCGAUGUCAAAAAGCAAAUCGUUCGCGAGCUAAGCUUCAAUAAAGGCUGCACGAACGAGCACAUAUGCCGCUAUUACGGGGCAUUCGUCGAACCCAGCACCGCCACCAUCUCCAUUGCUAUGGAAUUUUGCGAGGGCGGCUCCCUCGAUAGUAUCUAUCGGGAGGUGAAGAAGCUCGGCGGGCGGACCGGCGAGAAGGUCCUGGGAAAGAUUGCCGAGGGCGUGUUGAAUGGAUUGACCUACCUCCACAGCAAGAAGAUUAUCCACAGAGAUAUCAAACCGAGCAAUAUCCUACUUUGCCGAGACGGGCAGGUCAAACUCUGCGACUUUGGUGUGAGCGGCGAGUUCGGGACGAAGGGUGAUGCCAAUACCUUCAUUGGGACUUCAUACUAUAUGGCUCCCGAGCGAAUCACGGGGCAGAGCUACACGAUCACAUCCGACGUGUGGAGCACGGGUGUCACACUUCUAGAAGUCGCCCAGCAUCGUUUCCCCUUCCCGGCGGAUGGUACCGAGAUGCAACCUCGGGCUGGGCUGAUCGACCUCCUAACAUACAUUGUGCGGCAGCCGAUUCCCAAGUUAAAGGACGAGCCAGAGGCGGGAAUCAAAUGGAGUGAUAAUUUCAAGUACUUCAUUGAAUGCUGCCUCGAGAAGAAGCCCGACCGCCGUGCCUCCCCGUGGCGCAUGCUCGAGCACCCUUGGAUGAUAGAGAUGCGCAGCAAGCGCGUCAACAUGGCUCAUUUCCUGGCUACAGUGUGGGGCUGGGAAGAAUAA